UGUUUUUUCACCAUUUUUGGGCAUUUCCAGUCGUUUUUAUAUUCAUCUCGACAUUCUCUUCUGAACUAAGGGUCACAAAAAACAUUUCUGAAACAUGGAAAGAAACAGCAAUUCAUCUGAAGAAAACCGUUCCAAUAGUCGGGGUCAAAAAUCUCAAAAUGAACCCAAUUUAGAGAGAGGGGCUUUAGGAAAUAAAGAGGUUUCGAAUCGGCACAAAUGCCCUGAUUGCGAUGGACUAAUUUCAAAAGAGAGCAACAAAUCGAAAUCUCGCGUUUGGAAAAGGGUAAUGUGGUUUACUCGGAGAGGUAAAAGUGCUAAAAAUGAUAUUUGUCAUUGCCGUACAAAUGAAGUUCUCAACCCUAGCAUUGCAGACAGACAUUCAAAUUCUUGGUCAUUUACUCGAAGAGCCAGUAGAAAGUUUCGAGCUUCAUCACGUAGAAGGCAAUGUAAGGCAGAGUCAUCUAAAAAGUCUCAUGAAAAACAAGAUGAGGCAAGGGCUUUUUGUGACAGUUCACAACCAAGCACAUGUACUGGUAGUGCUUGCUCCAGCAAUCCAAACAGCCCUACAGCAACUGGCAGUUUCUGUGACUUUGGAAGUGGUAAUGCAGGUGGAAGGGGUUCUAAGCACCAUAAAAAUUCGUCUGUAUUGACUGAAAUAGCCCGGGAAAUCAACCCUCCUAUCAAAAACAAUGUUUUACCCCCUUGUGACUAUGUUCAACAUCCUCCAAAGCAAUUAUCAAAAUCUGUUUCUUUGGUGAACUAUAUAUCUUGCCGUAGCCCAACUUUUGGACAUGUCCGUCGCUCCAAAAGUUUCCCUGGGUCACAGAGCUGUAUAUCUCCAUCAAAACGCAGGUUCAUAAACAUAGCAAAUAAAACCUUUAGCAGUUUCUCUCCCCCUCUUAAGCAAAAAUGUUAUGGAUUACAGCACACAGCAACAUUUUGUGGGAAGAUGAAUGCAGAAUUCCCAAAACCGUGCAUGAAGAAAUCUAAGAGUUUAAACACCACAGAGUUGACAAGGCUUGAGAAAACAACCUCAUUGGGUGAAAUCCGUGAUCAAAGUGGUAGUGUGGUCGGUAUUGUGCACUUCUAUAAGUCUCCAAAAAAAAUGCUAAGAAGAAUGAAUAGCUUGAAUCAUGAAGUCAAAAAAGAUUCUGCAAUAGUAGAAGAUGAAUGUGAAAUACAUCAAUCAAGUUUAAACUCUGCAAUUUCUAAUCUUCAAGAUGGCAAUGAUUGUCAUUUGAAUACUAAGAACAUCAGUUCUGAGUCUCACAGGACAUUAUCAGAAUUGUCUUCUUCAAAUAAGUCUGAAAAGGAAAAUAUGAAAGGUAAAACCAUGCUAUAUUCUGAUUAUCCUUCAUCUUUGGAAAGAAGUAAAAUUUCUAAGAAUUUGAAUGAAACAUCACAAUUGGAAUGUUCAUCUUUUAAUGAUGAUGAGCCAGUUGUUCCUGAUGUAGAGUGUGAGCAAAAUAAUAUAGCAUGUUUGAAAAUAUCUAGAAUGAAUUCUAACCACAAUGUGGAUAGAUUGAUUCAAUGUGUCAGUAAAGAUGAUGUUUCCAGUGUUAUAAGUAGUGGUGUGUUAUCUACGAGGAUUGAUGGAGAGGAAUCAGUUAUUUCUGGUAUCAAUUCUGAUAAAACAGCUAUGACAUGUUCACAACAGUCAGAUGAAUGCUCUAAUAAGCACAACCAAUUGGCAUGUGAAGAUGAAGAAAAUGUUAAUACUAUUAUAGAUAUGAAAAGUACUAUAGAUAGCAAUGGUAUGCAAGUUGAGAAGAGCAAUAUACCAGGAUCACAAAUGUAUGUCUUUUGCUCUGAUCAGAAUAAGUCCACUAUGUGUGGUAACCAGUGUGAUAUACUAAAUUCAGAAAAUGAUCUUCAAGAAUCUUUCUUAGAUCUUGUUGAUAAUGUUGUUACAAACAAUGUUAAAGGUGCUUCAACAAUGGUCCAUGAGCGUAGCUCAGUAAAUGGUAGAAGCAUCUGUACUUCUUUAGAUAGAAGUGACACAACAGAUACCACAAAAUUUGAAAAGGUUUCUCAAACUGCCCAAUUUCAGUGUCCUUACAAAAGCUGUAUGACUUCUAAUCUGGUGGUGGAACAGCCAUUACAAAGAAGUUUGGAGGAUGUUAAACUCUCAUGCUACAACCACAUAUCUGACAGCAAUAGUUUGGGUAGUCAUCAUUAUGGAGACUCUAUUGGAAAUAGUAAAAUUCCAUGUCACUGUGAUAAGAGUAUGUCAGAUGACUGUGAUAGCAGUGAUUUAUUCAUGAAAAAUGUGUGCCUAUCAUCAACUCUCAACAAUGAUUCUAAAAAUUCUGAGGAAUUUGAGUUUCAAACAGGGAUUACAACUUUAUCUGAUGUUGAAAGUGUUACAGGAAGUGUGACAAAUUCCUGUAGUAAAGACGUGAUCAGUUUUGACUAUGAACCAGAAUUUACGAUGUCCUUUGAUGAAGAUGCGUUGAAUACAAGUAGAUGCAGUCAGAAGUAUCUGGAGAGUAAAACAGUAAAAAGAAAACAGUCAGUUGAUACCGUAACAGCAUCUGACGGUCAUGAUAGACAAGUUGUGGACAACAUCAAGUUGAAUCAUUCCACUAGAGAAUUCAAAUUAAGUCAUAAAAUGAGCAAUAGUUGCAUUGACCAUGAGCUGAUUGAGGUUCCGUCCAAUACGUGCAAUAGUCCAGUUACGUCUAUAGAGAGUGAACGAGCACAUCGUACUAAAGAAAGUCCAAACGAUUCACUUUUGUGCGAGAGUGUUGCACCUUCAGUCUUGCACCUGCAGUCUCAAGAGGAAUUUCAAACGAAUAGUCAUUCAAACGUAUUCACAAGCCUUAAGACUCCAAUUUCAGAAACAGAGCGAUCACAAGAAGUUGUAGAAUGCCCUCAGACCUCGGAUUAUGCGUCAAUGUUUGAUGCAUGUUUUAGUCCUCCACAAAAAGAAGAUAUUCCUAUUCAUACGUGGAAAACAUCGGAAUCGGAUUUGAAAAGUGAGGAAAUCGCACAACCUGUGCCUGGAGAAACUUUCAAGAUGCGAACUGAACUUAUGUUAACGUGGUUCAAGGAAUUCAAUGACGAACAAAGAAAUAUCAUUUUGAAAAAGAUUUUGAAUCGCUGUGAGCUGCCCCAGAUGCACCUUUUAUCUGUGGCAAUGGAAAACAAUCUUCACAAGACCUGUCCGCCAAACUGUCAAGAUAUGUUAGUAUGGUUGCCUUACACAGUCACGUUGAAAAUUCUCAUGUAUUUAGAUCCAGUGAGUUUAUGUCGAUGCGGUCAGGUGAAUCGAGCUUGGAACGAACUCGCAAAUAAUCCAUUAAUAUGGCAGCGAUUGAAUAGAAACCCCGAUUAUCAGUUAUCUGAGGCAUGUAGUAAAAGACAGUACCAGAAAUUUAACCAACCAAAUGGCGAAAUUCACUGGAAGAAAGUUUUUGCGGAGAGAUUUUUACUUCAAAAAAACUGGUUGAAUGGGAAAUACAAGCUGCGAACGUUCGAGGGACAUAAUCAAGGUAUCGCCUGUGUUCAGUUUGAUGAUACAAGAAUUGUAAGCGGUUCGUCUGACAAGACAAUAAAGCUGUGGGAUAUCAGUAAUACGCCAUCCGAACUCAUGUUGACACUUGAGGGACAUUCUGGAACAGUUCGUUGUCUUGAUCUAAACGGAAACAGAUUGGUCAGCGGUUCGACGGAUCGUACUAUAAAGGUAUGGGAUCUUUCGUUUGCUUCUUACUGGGCUGGUGCUUCAUGUAAAGUCACUAUGGUGGGUCAUCUUCAUACAGUGCGUUGUCUUCAGGCAGAUGAAAAGAAAUUAGUAAGUGGUUCCUACGAUAAGACGGUGAAAGUCUGGGACUUGAAAACCGGGGAUUGUCAACUGACGUUAAGAGGUCACACUGCUGCAGUUUUAUGUGUCCAAUUCGAUGAGCAAAAAAUCGUUUCCGGCUCGUACGACAAGAAAAUUAAGGUUUGGGAUCUUGCGGAAGGAAUUUGUCUGAUGACGUUGGACGGACACCAGGAUGCGGUCACGUGCUUAAAUCUAACACAUGAUGGAAUGAAGAUUAUAACUGGAUCAUUGGACUAUUCGCUCAAAUUCUGGGAUCUGUCAACUGGCAAGUGUUAUGGAACGUUAGAUUGGAUAACAUCUGAGGGACAUACUGCUGUAGUAAGAUGUUUACAAGUUGACAGUUGGAGAAUAGUCAGUGGUGGAGAUGAUAAAACCUUGAAGGUGUGGGAAUUAGCAACUGGACAACGGCUGCUUACGCUUCGUUACCAUAGUGAUGGGGUCACGUGUAUGCAAUUUAACGACUUUGCAAUUGUUUCUGGAUCGUACGAUAGGACAGUGAAAUUAUGGGAUUUUACUCCGAAACAUUCAUAUUUGGAGGCAGUAACUUGAUGUAUAUAGUAAAUCUCUUGUACAUAUUAAAAAUAAAUCAUUAAGCUUUCA